AUGUUCUAUGCCGAAACUCAACUAGGUAAAGGGGUUACGGUCAGUAAGCAACGCAAAUCCCUCAACAUAUUCGAUGUAGGUGCCGUGCGCUACCGGAAGGAGAGCCAGACCUGCAAAUGCGAGACCCACUUCGACGUCGACUGCGAGCGGUGCUUCGACUGGGUCAAGAUAUGCAUGGCAGAAAUGACGGGGAACCCAUUGCCAGGGAAGGUGAAGCGCUUGAAAUGGCCCGUAGACGAAUCCGAAAUGCAUCUUUGA